UGAAACAUUGUAACUGCUUUUGUGAUACACCCCCUACUUCUCCUUCUUCCGUCACAAACUGGAAAGAGAUCAUCGAAUCCAUUCCCUUCUCCUCCCAGCGCCAACCCACCCACCCCUUCCUGCCGCCCCAGCUCUCCUACUGCUACACAAACCAGAAAGAGAUCACAGAAUCCAUUCCCUUCCCCCAAUCACACCCCCUCCUAACCCAGCUCUCAGCUCUCCUACUGCUACAUACAGAGAGUGUAUAUGGAAGAGAUGAGUAAUGGCUGAAUCUGUGCAUCGAAAAUGAACAUCACCGGUAACGACGCUGACCUCCAAGUAGAUCUCUUACCAAAACCGAUAAAUACUCGUAAACUGCCUCGUAGGAAAACAAACAACUUCGCUUCCGGCGUUAAGUUGCGGAGAGACAUUGGAGGAACUACACCUAAUGGAAGGAGAGGCAGACCUGAAACUCCUCUUCUUAAGUGGAAGUUCAACGAGGAUAUUCAAGAAAAUGUUUCUGUAAAGGAGGAAAUAUCGUCUUCGGAGGUUGAUCGGAAAUGUGGCCGGAAUAUUAGGGGUGUGGUUUCUGCUAGGAAGUUAGCUGCUGGAUUGUUUAGGCGGCAGCAGAUGACGGAAGUCAACCAUUGUCGGAAGUUAGGGCUGGAAGUUAAUUAUGGUCGGAAGUUAGGGUUGAAGUGGCGAAAUUGAAGAGAUUGAAUCAAACGGUGAUGGAAUUAAAUGAACAACUAGAAGGGAAUCAAAAGGAUACUACUUCUACCGGAGAUGGGAUUGAAACUUCAGGGGAAAGACUGUCGAGAGAGAGACAAUUGGUGGAAGAGCCCGGAAACAAGAAUCCUUUGGGUUACCAACAAGGUAUAGCUCGUUACUCUAAACUAGAUUUUUCAAGAUUUUCUAUAGAGGAUGUGAGUUCUUGGUUAUUUAGAGUGGAGCAGUUUUUCGAGUUUGAGGAAAUUGCCGUGGAUCAAAAAGUAGGACUGGCAGCAAUACACUUGGAAGGUGAAGCUAUUCAGUGGCAUCAAUCCUUCAUGAGGUAUAGACAAUUCAUUCAACCUCCAUCUUGGAAUGAAUAUGUGGUAGCUUUGGUGGAAAGAUUUGGGGCAGGUUCCCCAAAGAAGCUAGUUAGUUUUGAACCCUAUAAUCCUUCUCAUUUCUAUCCACAAGAAACUUUUAUUAAGAAGAUAUCAUAUACUUGCAAGGGUCUCGAUGAAAUGCCUAAAAGAGAUUUACAUGUAGAUUCUGUAAAUAGUAGUACUGUUGACAUAAACAAUGAAACAAAAUAAAUUGAAGACUUGUUUCUUGAUGUGUUCUAUAGAGAUACUGAGAGUGAUGUAGAUGCUUUGGAAGAUUGGUCUCUCGAUAAGGCACCUUCCAUGGAAGAUAAGAGCAAUAAAGGGGAUUUUGGAGGCUUUUCAUAGAAAAUGAGAACAUAGUGUUUGCAACUUCUUUAAACAGUGAAGUUAACUCUAACGAAGAUAAGUUGGUGAAAACAAGAAACAAGAAGGAUAUGGAAGCUGGAGCAGUCAGACUCUCCAUGCAUUUCCAGUUAUCUCCUCGAACUCUAAGAAAAUCGAAGGAUAUGGUUUCGGCUAAUGAAAAAGAGAAGCAUAAUGGAGUUAGUGCAAACCAAUGGGAAUUGGGUAAGUUUUUUGAUAAUAAAGGCCAGCAGCAAUUCUUUGAUCUCAAAUAUGGUUGUAUUAGGUUCCAGGGGUUGAAAAAUACAAUCAACCGUAGAACUUGUGAUGUUGCCCUGGAUUCCUCAAUUUUUGCCAGCUCUUCCAUCUCAACCAAAACUGUUGCCCUCACCAUUUGUUCAUCCUCUGAUAAAGUUCUAGCAUUUUGUGCAAGAUCAAUAUCAGCUAAUUCAGUAAGAGGUUGUUUUUCUUAUUACUUAGAUUCCCACAUAUUGACUUGCUCUAUUCUUUGAGUUUCAGCUUCAACAUCUUUAGUUUCACACCGAGUUUGUAAUCAGGACAACCCACCACUUCAAAUGCAUUCCACUAGUUGUGAACUGGCCUUUCAAAACCAUCAACUUUGAGCCACCAAUUUUCAAACUUGAAGUACGACUUUCUCUGAUCCCAAUCUCCACAUUGCAACAUGAUUGGGCUAUGGUCAGAUGUCACUCUGGGCAUGAUCAAUUGUUUAAUGUUCUUGAAAGCUUCCUCCCACUCUAUUGAGUACAUGAAUCUAUCCAGUCUAGCAGCACUAUGAUGAUUAGCACCUCUAAACCAAGUGAAAACUCCACCAUUCAGGUGAGGGUCAUGUAGUUCCAUCUCCUCAAUCCAGUUGGAAAAGUCAGACAUCACAUUUGUGAUCCUAUUGCAUCCCCUCCUCUCUGCCAUAACUCUUAUUGUGUUGAAAUCUCCACAAGUUACCCAUGGUCCGUCACAUAGUUCUUUAACUGCUGCUACUUCUUCCCAGCAACCUAAUUUCUCACUUCUGGUGUGAGGAGCAUAUACACCAGUGAGAAACCAGCCAAAAACUCCUAUUUCUCUCUUGAGAACAAGGGUGAUCUCGACGGGAAGGGAUGCACUCAGUUUCCACUUUUAUAGUUUUCUGCGCCUUCACUUGGAAAGACAAGUUCGACAUCUUUUGAGCAGAAUAUGGAGGACGAAGGGAGGCAGUUGUUUAUGUUAUUCCAGUCACUUGGUCCUUCAUUCGGUAAGAAGGGUCCGACUGUUGAAGGAACUGCAUCUUCUGGGCGGAAUGGACGACCUACUUUGGUGAAGCAGGAGAUGAAAUGACCCGUGUCAUUUGGAAAUUAAUCAAGGAUAAGCUCAUCUUGCCCUUUGUGGGGUUGGAUAUAAAAUACUUUGAUCUUGGCUUUCCUCACCGUGAUGCCACAGAUGAUAAGGUACAAUUGAAAGCGCCAAGGCUACUUUGCAAUUAAGUGUGCAACCAUCACUCCAGAUGAAGCUCGUAUGAAGGAUUUUAACUUGAAGCGUAUGUGGAAGAGACCAAAUGGGACAAAUAGGAAUAUUCUAAAUGCUACGGUAUUCAGGGAACCAAUCCUCUGCAAAAACAUCCCUCGACUUGUCCCAGGUUGAUCAAAACUGAUAUGCAUUGGCAGACAUGCUUUUGGUGAUCAAUAUCGAGCUACUGAUUCAGUAAUUCAAGGAGCUGGAAAACUCAAAUUAGUAUUUGUACCAGAAGGGACGGAUGAAAAGUUCGAGUUCGAGGUUUGCAACUUCACUGGUGCUGGUGGAGUAGCUCUAUCCAUGUACAACAUGUAUGAGUCUAUUCGUUCUUUCGCUGAAGCUUCUAUGAACAUGGCUUACCAAAAGAAAUGGCCACUAUCGCUGGAAGUUGAAGUUUGAAGAAGC